AGGUUUGAAACUUUUAUUUUUAAAUCAUUCUCUGAAAAAUGUUGCGUUCACGGUUUUAAAACGAGUCACGAAAGCAGCGAUACUGAAAAGUGAAGAUGCAUUUGUGGUCCUUUAGAAAGUCACAUAGUUUGGAUUUUAUUUUUUUAGAACCAGAACCGGAGCAGUUCUGAAUGCAAUUUGCAAAGAACCGCGUCCGAGGGGCUUAAGAACGGCAAGGAGAGCCUGUCUCCUGUCUCCUCCGUUCAAUGAGCUAAAACUUGAGCAAAAGUUUCUCCGACCGCUCCUGACACUCUCUCCGAGGGGGAGGGCUUAUGCUUUGACGUCAUCGAGGGCUUGACCACAGAAAAGACACAGCCAGCGCACGUAACCGCGCCAUGCAGUACACGGAGUUCCAGACGUGACCGGCUGAAAUGCCUCCCGACGACUCGGAGCGGCUCCUGAACGCUCCGCUUCGGGCGCGUGCUGCUCUUAAAUGACUGAAGGAACAUGUAAAGAUGGAGGAAAAUGGCGGGCGUUUGACUUUUGCUCUCCUUUUUGGCUCGUCGUAGCGGGGCAGGGGCUCGUCUCCAAAGUUGUCACUUGACAGGACUGGAAUUAAAAAAAGAACCAUCAAACAUGGACAAGGAGCAGAGCGACUUGGACCGGGACCGGCAGUACUGUGAACUUUGCGGGAAAAUGGAGAACCUCCUGAAGUGCGGGAGGUGCCGGAGCUCCUUCUACUGUAGCAAGGAGCAUCAGAAACAGCACUGGAAGAAACACAAGCUCAUUUGUAAGGAAGUGGAGAAACCUCUGCCCCCCAAAGUGAAGUCCGAGCAGGGUCCGCCGCCCGGGGGGGACAAACGGGCUCAGAAACCCGCGGAGAAGAGCCCCCCCGAGCCGGCGGACCCGGCGCCCGCCCCGCAGGCUGCACCUGAAGUUUCCGCGGGAGAAGACGGCGGCAGCCCCGCCACGCCGAACGGACAGGUGAGUUCGAGCCUGCAGAAACUGGCGCUGGAGGUGAUCGUUCCGUGCAUGAACAAGCACGGCAUCUGCGUGGUCAACGGCUUCCUUGGGGAGGAGACCGGCCUGAGCAUUCUGGGGGACGUCAAGGCCCUGUACGACACCGGCAAGUUCACGGACGGGCAGCUGGUCAGCCAGAAGAGCGACUCCACGCGAGACAUCCGAGGGGACAAGAUCGCCUGGAUCGAGGGCAGAGAGGCCGGCUGCGAAAAGAUCCAGUUCCUCAUGAGCCGCAUGGACGAUCUAAUCAGACAUUGCAACGGCAACCUGGGAAACUACACUAUAAAUGGAAGGACAAAAGCCAUGGUUGCAUGUUACCCUGGGAAUGGAACGGGCUACGUACGACAUGUGGACAACCCCAACGGUGACGGACGAUGCGUCACGUGCAUAUACUACCUUAAUAAAGAUUGGAAUGUCAAGGAACACGGGGGCCUUCUCCGAAUUUUCCCAGGAGGAAAAGCUCAGUUCGUCGACAUCGAGCCAAAGUUCGACCGUUUGCUGCUUUUCUGGUCAGACAGACGAAACCCCCACGAAGUCCAGCCCGCUUUUGCUACGAGGUAUGCCAUUACAGUGUGGUAUUUUGAUGCAGAUGAGCGGGCCAGAGCUAAAGAAAAAUACCUAACAGGUGAAAAAGGAGUCAAGGUUGAACUUGGAAAAUCCUCCGAUUCCAGCUAGUAGGAUGACCACUUCCUCCACAAACACCCGCCUGGUGCGCUGCGCAAGAACGCGUCCUCUGAAGAACGUGCACGUGUCGCAGAAACACAGCAGACUUUGGUUUGAGCAUUUUCUGUGUAGUUCACUGACAGUCCACCAGGGCAACGCAGCAGGUCUUGAAUGUCAAAAUAUUCUUCUGAAAGGGAUUGUACGUUUUUUUUUGUUUUGUUGUUUUGGUAAAUGCAUUUACAUCACAGCUAAAAGCUUCAAAAAGGAAUUAAGUUUAGGAAAACCCUCCUAUUUUUUUCAGUUUGUUCAUUAAAGGUACAGCGUCCUGCACAUGCUUCCUGUUGUGCUUCUCGUGGGCUGUCAAAAUAAGCUACUGUUUGUGCCUGACUCUGCAGUCGUUUGAGGAAGUAUCUGAACGCGCUUCGCAGCCUCCAGCACCUCCUACUGCGGAGAAGAACCAAGUUGAUCUGAACCCUGUCUUACUGUGCUGUUGUGCACAGUUUGCUUUCAUGUAUUUAAACUAAAGGUCCCUGCGCCCCCUGCAGGCAGGCAGGAGACUUGCAAUGCACUUUUUGAAAGCCCUCAGAUCUGGAUGAAUGAAAAUGAAAUUGCUGCAAUUGUUGAUUAAUAUCUGAUCAUAUCAGAGUUUCCCAAACAUGAACACAGAAAUACUGCUGACAUAUGGCUUUAGAAAAUGAUGUAAUCAUUUUAAUAUAUUGAUCAAGUAGUGAAACUACCAGCCAGCAAAUUAUUGCAUGAAAUGCAACCUUGAUUUUUAUUUUUAGGUCUUGAAGUUCAUUUGUUUUCUGCUUAAUUCUGUGGUUUUUCUACCUGUUGGAUGACAAAAACAUAUUUUUUACACCAAUUCAGACCAUUUCAAGACAAUCCUUCAAAAGCAAAGCGGUCUAAUAAAUGCAAACUGAACAUGUCUGCUGCAUGACCAGUUUCAUGCUAAGGUCUUAACUUUCAAGGUACAUGGUGCAUGUGGAACUUUUUGUUUUAAAAACCAUCUGGAAGCAACUUUGUCAAUAAAACAGAGAGAAGUUCAGACUGUAUUGGCCCUGCUGUUCUUUUUGUUCUGCUGCUCCUCUGAAUAAACGUUUGAUGUCCAC